UUGACAAUGAGACGGUAUUCCAAGUAGAUUCCUACUUACAUUGUUUCACGGGGAUGUAAUUUCGCUUUCCUGUAAUAGCAUAAGCGGCUGUGCCAGGACGUGCACUAUCUUACUUUAUUUUCCCUUUGAGAAGACACUACCAUAAAAGACAGCUGAACUGGGGAAACAAGGCACUGAUUUCUGAAUAUGGAACCGAUAACCUGUAGAUUACUACUCGUGGUCAGUUUGCUUCUGGAGCUCACGUUUUGUGCCGAUGAAAAUCCUGAUGAUUGCCCCCUCUUGAUCCAGCCUUCCACAGUGGUGGUGAGACAUGGAGAUCUAGUAUUGGUGAACUGCACCACUUCAAGAAAUCAUGAUGGAAUCGGCUGGGAGGCAUCAGAGAGACCCGUUAGCACGGUAGAUGGUGUCCAGUUUGUCACCUGGCAUUUGGAGACCCUGACAGACUGGGAGAUAGGACCUAGAUGCUUUGGGGACUUCUCAGAUUCUACAUGUAAUAAACAGCUCAAUAUUACAGUGUACAAACCUCCAGACAGUGUCUCCAUCAGUGCUGUGAACCACACAGGCCCAAUGCUGGAGGGGAAACAGUACCAGCUGCAGUGUGAGGUCCAGAACAUCGCUCCUGUUCAGUACCUCACUGUGAAGUGGUACAAAGGGGAAAGAUUUGAGAAUCAAACCUCCUAUGAUGAUCUCACUAAGACUCCAGUGAAUGUGUCCUCUACCCUCCUGAUCACACCCACCAGUGCUGAUGAUGGAGCACAGUACAGCUGUGUGGCAGAGCUGGAACUGGGACCUGUAGGACCACAACCUUCACCUGAAGUGAAAUCUGAUCCCCUCAACAUCUUUGUGCUCUAUAAACCCAGAUUCACAGAGUGCCCAGACCAUGAGCAGCUCAGAGAAGGUGAAACUCUGGAUACUUUGGUCUCCUGUAGAGCUGAGGGGAACCCCUCUCCCAUGGUCACAUGGUACAGAAACCAAUCAGAGUUCAGCAGUUCCACACCACUGAAUAGGAGAGAUGGAGGGCAGUACACCCUCAUAGCCAAGAACAGUUAUGGAGCAGCCAAUCACACCCUGGAGAUGGAAGUUCUCUAUAAACCCAGGAUCACAGAGUGCCCAGACCAUGAGAAGCUGAGGGAAGGUGAAACUCUGGAAACUUUGUUCUCUUGUAGAGCUGAGGGGAACCCCUCUCCCAUGGUCACAUGGUACAGAAACCAAUCAGAGUUCAGCCAUUCCACACCACUGACCAGGGGAGAUGGAGGACAGUAUACUCUCAUAGCCAAGAACAGCUACGGAGCAGCCAAUCACACCCUGGAGAUUGAAGUUCUCUAUAAACCCAGGAUCACAGAGUGCCCAGACCAUGAGAAGCUGAGGGAAGGUGAAACUCUGGAUACUUUGGUCUCCUGUAGAGCUGAGGGGAACCCCUCUCCCAUGGUCACAUGGUACAGAAACCAAUCAGAGUUCAGCCGUUCCACACCACUGAAUAGGAGAGAUGGAGGGCAGUACACCCUCAUAGCCAAGAACAGUUAUGGAGCAGCCAAUCACACCCUGGAGAUUGAAGUUCUCUAUAAACCCAGGAUCACAGAGUGCCCAGACCAUGAGAAGCUGAGGGAAGGUGAAACUCUGGAAACUUUGGUCUCCUGUAGAGCUGAAGGAAACCCCUCUCCCAUGGUCACAUGGUACAGAAACCAAUCAGAAUUCAACAGUUCCAGACCACUGACCCAGAGAGAUGCUGGGCAGUACAUCUUUAUGGCCAAGAAUCCUCUGGGCAACAUCACCUGGACAGUUAAUCUCACAAUGUUCCAUCCACCCAAUGGGAGAAGUGUCUGUUUCACACCUGUUAGUUGCACACUGUUCUUCAGCAUUUUAGUAGUAGAUUUAUUUUGUAUUUGAGUUGGACACCUGCCUGGACAAACAUUUGUGCAGAGAUUCCAAAACUGAAAUGACAACAACAACAACAACAACAACAACAACAGUAUCAAUAAUACAGGUAAUGAACAUAACAAUGGAAACAUCAACAUCAUCACAGUAUGUCAGGUCAGCCCUUUUGAUAAAAAUUCACCCCAGGUUCAACUGCUUUUUUCGCUGAGAUCUUUUGGUCAUUAAGGCUCCUGGAAGUCCACUGUUUCCAGUGUCACAACUUUGUCCUCUGGCAAAAAUUUUAUUUGCGACUAGCUCUGUUCAUAAUGUUAUAACAGCCAUGUGCUUUAAUUGUGCAAAUACAGUGCUCGAUGCAUUUUCAUGAAAAAGCCAAUUACUGUGUCAGUCAACAUUUCUACUUGAUUUUAGUUAAGGACAAAUGUUAAAUGAAUACAGACCAGUAUAUUCCACAUUCAUAGAAUUUGUAUCAAAAUGAAAAUCCUACAGCUCAUUAAAGUGUUUUUAUCAA